AUGGCCGAAAGAUGCGAAGGAAAGUCAUCCCAUUUGUCAGCUGUUCAAGCAACCGCGGUAACGUAUGCGACGGACAUAACGUAUCGCUAUCCGACAUUUCGCGACGAACCUUUCAAGAGCGUGCACAACUGGCUAGAGGGCAGACGGUACGACGAUGGUGCCGAAGGUCUCUGGCGCAUCAACGAUGGUCUGUACGAUCUGGAAGAUUUUGCACGUACCCAUCCGGGCGGCGCCGAGUGGAUACGUUUAACGAAGGGAACCGACAUUACGGAAGCAUUCGAAACGCAUCACAUCAGCCGACGGGCGGAACAGAUGCUUCCGAAGUUCUAUGUUCGGCAGGCAGCGCAGCCACGGAACGUCAGGUUAACGUUUCAUGAGCAUGGAUUCUACCGAACGCUUAAGCGACGCAUUCGCAAGCAGCUUGACUAUGUGGAUCCCACACCAAAGGAACACUCACGUCGGAUAUUGGAUGCGCUGAUUGGAGCGGUACUGGUGACGGCUUAUCUGGCAGUGAGGCAUGAAAGUUUCACCAUUGGACUAGUUUGUGCCGUUUGCGUAAACGCAACCAUUAUUGCCGCACAUAACUUCCUGCACCAGCGGGACAACUGGCGCAUGUACGUUUUUAACAUCGCAUUUCUGAGUUAUCGGGAAUGGCGUGUGUCUCAUGUGAUGUCCCACCAUCUGUACCCGAACUCAGUGCUCGAUAUGGAAAUUUCUUCGUUCGAACCCUUCCUGUGCUACUUACCGUGGGCGGAUCUCAAGAACAGCUUCCAGCGUUACGGCUCCUGGUUUUAUGGGCCGUUCAUAUAUGGAUCGAUCUUCCUCAGCGAGUAUCUUAAGCGACUGAUGGAGAGCUUCAGUCAGGGAAAGAACCGAUUCCACUUGGAUGACAUCGUCCCGUUUGUGAUACCUGCGUUCUUGUGCGCUAUCAAUCCGGAUCGGAUCCAAGUGAUUCUACAGAUGUGGUUGUUUGUGGUGCUGAUGGCUAGUUUCUUCUUCGGUCUGAUCGGAUUAAGCGCUGGCCAUCAUCAUCCGAAAGCGCUACACUCCGGUGAUUUGUUUCCCAAUGACAUCGAUUUCGGACUGUACCAGAUGGCAACGAUUGUCGAGCGGCGAGGCGUCGAAGGAUCUUUGCUGAAGGUGAUAACCACCUUCGGGGAUCACUAUUUGCACCACCUGUUUCCAACACUUGAUCAUGCGAUCUUGCCACAGUUGAACGGUGUGUUUCUCGCGACCUGUCACGAAUUUGAUGUUGGUAAGCGAUGCAGUUCUUGGUUUUCGCAGUAUCUUGCUCAAAAUUUGCAGCUUGCUCGUGUGCACGCCAAGCAGUACCAACCACAAAAGUCGCAGAAAAAAGCCAAACCGAAAAUGGAUAGGGUGAAUAGUACCGUAAAUAGCGGACGUAAAACAUUCCUGUCAACGCGUUGUAACAAAUCAACAAAAGAAUUGAUGGAUUGCAAUUUACGGAAAAUAGCUCUUAGAUAG